CCUCCGUUUGCUUUUUCAUAUUAUGUUUCAUGGAAAAUAUGUCUCUGUACGCUCUAUAAAUGAGCAUUGUUUUCGCCUUUCAAAUUCCUUCUGCUUAUUUAUCUCCCUUGCCUUUUUAACUUCAGGGCUUCAUUCUUAACUAUUGGAUAUAAGUGUCCUGCCACUUCAAAUUAUGAAAGAGAAAAUGAAUUUCACUCCAGCUGACCAAUUAAGUCCUGGCAAAUUGUCAACAUCCUGUCAAGUUAUGUGGGGACAUUCUAGAUAAUGAAAAACAGCAGGAAGAGCACUCUUCUAGAAAGUAAAGUCUUUUGAAUCUUGGCAGCAGCUUCUGUGGAAAAGUUGGGAUUAGCUUUUUACUGUUUGCCUCCUGGUUCAGAAGAAAAAUCCAGACACUUACAUUCUAUAAACAUGGUAAGCAAAAGAAAGAAGAUUGGAAGAAUAAUCAUCAUUAGUUGGUCGGUAAAUGACAUGUCGCAUAUCUUCUUUUUGUACACAUUCUUGUUAUGCACUUCUUUUCUAUGUUGCUCAGCUAAAGACAGCAUCACAUCAUACAGUUUCCUUAGUGAUGAUUCAAGGGGGACUACUCUGGUUUCAUCGGGACAAAGAUUUGAAUUAGGAUUUUUUACUCCUAAUGGAAGCCCCGAUAAUAGAAGAUAUGUUGGAAUAUGGUACUAUGGGUUAAGUCCUCGGAUAGUUGUUUGGGUUGCCAACCGAGAUAGCCCUCUUUCAGAUACUGGUGGUGUUUUUACCAUCGCAGACGAUGGUAAUCUCAAGGUAUUAGAUAAAAAUGGGGAAACUUACUGGUCCACUAGGAUUGAAAGAUCAUCAUCAAUGAACAGGAUAGCAAUGAUACUGGAUACUGGGAAUCUUGCACUGACCUAUGAAGAGCAGCAGAACAACUCUGUUACAAUUCUCUGGCAGAGUUUUGAAAAUCCAACUGAUACCUUUCUUCCGGGAAUGAAGUUGGAUGAAAAUUUAGUAUUGACUUCAUGGAAAAGUUAUGAUGAUCCAGCAGUAGGGAACUUUUCAUUUCAGCAAGAUCAAGAAAGAAUGAACCAAGUCAUCUUAUUGAAGAGAUCUGUUAAGUACUGGAGGAGUGGAAUCUCAGGUAAAUUCAUUGGUCUCAAUGAGAUGCCUUCUGCAAUACUUUACUUGCUAUCAAAUUUCACCUCUACGGUAGUCCGUAAUAACUCUGUUCCAUAUCUCACAUCAUCAUUAUACAUUCAUACAAGACUUGUAAUGAGUUUUUCUGGCCAAAUUCAGUAUUUUUUGUUGGAUACUCAGAAGGUUUGGUCAUUGAUCUGGGCAGUUCCCAGAGAUAAGUGCAGUGUGUUUAAUGCUUGUGGAAAUUUUGGUAGCUGUAAUAGUAAAAAUGACCUGAUCUGCAAGUGUUUGCCUGGUUUCAAGCCAACCUCACCAGAAAAUUGGAAUACUGGAGAUUAUUCAGCUGGAUGUGCGAGGAAGUCAAUUACAUGUGGCAAUACUGCUAAGGGUGACACAUUCUUGAACCUAAAGAUGAUGAAAGUUGGAGACCCUGACUCUCAAUUUAAUGCAAAGAAUGAAAUGGAGUGCAAAAUUGAAUGCCUUAACAACUGUCAGUGCCAAGCUUAUUUAUAUGAAGAAGCUGACAUGACACGACGGGGUGGAACUGGUAGCUCUACAUGUUGGAUAUGGUCAGAGGAUCUUGACAAUCUUCAGGAGGAGUAUGACAGCGGCCAGAAUCUCCAUGUACGUGUAGCAGUUUCAGACAUUGAAUCAACAGCAAGGAGCUGUGAAACAUGUGGCACAAACCUGAUCCCUUAUCCCCUUAGCACUGGACCAAAAUGUGGUGAUCCCUUGUAUUACAGUUUUCGCUGCAACAGCUCCAGUGACCAGGUUAGCUUUGAGACACCCAGUGGCGCAUAUCAAGUUGUAAGCAUCAAUCCAGACACACAGAAAUUUGUCAUCCAAACCAAAGAAGCAGAUAAUUGUAAAAAUAGUUUAAGAGGCAAAACUCUGCUGCUCAACCAAGCAUUACCAUUUCAUUUGACCGGAAGGUGUAAUGCUGAUCUAGCCAAUUCUAGUUCUGAAAUAUCAUUUAAAAAUGGAGACAUAGUAGAAAUUUCAUGGGAUCCACCAUUGGAGCCACCUUGUUCUUCCUCUGCUGACUGCCAGGAUUGGCCUAAUUCAACUUGCAGUGCAACUCAAAAAGGAAAGAACAGGUGCAUCUGCAACAUAAAUUUUCGAUGGGAUAACUUGAAAUUGAAAUGUACUGCAGGUGAUGAUUACAGUAAGGAAACUGGUGGGAGAGGAAAAAUGACCUUGGCUCUGAUCAUUGGGAUAACUUUUCCAAGUAUAAUUUUGCUAAUUAUUCUCUCAAGCACUAUUUUUUAUAUCUGUUUACGGAGAAGAAAGGUUGUCAAGAGACAAGAUAGCGGGGGAAGUAUGCAAAAGAAUGCAGUUCUUCACUUAUAUGACUGUGAGAGACGUGUUAAAAGCUUGAUUGAAUCAGGAAGGUUUAAAGAGGAUGAUGCAAAAGGCAUAGAUGUACCUUUCUUUGAUUUGGAAAGCAUACUUGCUGCUACAGCUUACUUUUCCAACGCAAACAAGCUUGGACAAGGGGGGUUUGGACCUGUAUACAAGGGUAGCCUUCCAGGAGGACAAGAAAUUGCUGUAAAGAGGCUCUCAAGUGGUUCCGGACAAGGCCAUGAGGAAUUUAAAAAUGAAGUUCUGCUGAUUGCCAAACUUCAACAUCGGAAUCUGGUUAGACUUUUGGGUUAUUGUGUUGAAGGAGAAGAAAAGAUGUUAAUCUAUGAAUACAUGGCCAACAGAAGCUUAGAUUCUUUCAUAUUUGAUAGAAGGCUGUGCAUGAUAUUGGAUUGGGACAUGCGCUUUAACAUCAUUUUGGGAAUUUCUCGAGGACUUCUCUAUCUUCACCAAGAUUCGAGGUUAAGAAUUAUUCACAGAGAUUUGAAAACCAGCAACAUUCUACUAGAUGAAAAGAUGAACCCCAAGAUUUCAGACUUUGGUUUGGCAAGGAUUUUUGGAGGCAAUGAAACUGCAGAAAACACGAAAAGAGUAGUCGGAACCUACGGCUAUAUGUCUCCAGAAUAUGCAUUAGAUGGGCUAUUUUCAGUAAAGUCUGAUGUCUUUAGCUUUGGUGUAGUUGUAAUUGAAAUUAUCAGUGGAAAAAGGAACACAGGGUUUUACCAACCGGAGCAAGCUUUGAGUCUACUAGGCUAUACAUGGCAUUUGUGGAAAGAAGACAGGGCCUUGGAUUUAAUUGAGGAGACAUUAAGUGAAAGCUGCAAGAAAGAGGAGUAUUUGAGGUGCAUAACAGUGGGACUGUUAUGUGUACAAGAGGACCCAAGUGACCGUCCGACCAUGUCUCAUGUAGUUUUCAUGCUUGGCAGUGAAACCGCAACCCUUCCAACACCUAAACAACCAGCCUUUGUAGUUAGACGAUGCCCUUCUAGCAAAGCUUCUUCUUCAAGUAAACCAGAAACUUGUUCCAACAAUGAGCUGACUGUCACAUUAGAAGAUGGUCGAUAGCCAAAGAUGUUGUCAAUGUCAUUUCCAUUAGUUAUAUCAAGUUGCCACCCGCCAUCAUUUGAUAUCCUCAUAUAUUUAUUGUAACAAACUUAUUGUUUCUAUUAUUUCUGAAAAAUGAAUCAUAACAUUUUUAAAUCAUGAGACUCUAGACUGAAGAUCAUUCAAGACUUAAGAACCA